CGUUUUUCUCCUUCACUGUGCCCUACCUUUGCAAGUUGCUAGCUAGCUAGUUGUAACAACGGGGCAAGCAAGCGACGGAGGAGGCUACCCAAAGAGGAAUAUUGUGCUGUUGUAGCAUUGUAUUCACCUUAAAGAAAAGGCACAAUGGCUGUACCUCCCUCAUACUCAGACUUGGGCAAAUCUGCCAAGGAUAUCUUCAGCAAGGGCUAUGGUUUUGGAAUUGUGAAGCUGGAUUUGAAAACCAAAUCCCAGAAUGGAGUGGAAUUUAACACCUCUGGUUCGACCAACGUUGACACAGGCAAGGCGGGGGGCAACCUCGAGACCAAAUACAAGAUGAAGGAGAUUGGCCUGUCCUUAACACAGAAAUGGAAUACAGACAACACUCUUGGCACUGAGGUGGCUGUGGAAGACCAGCUAACACAGGGGCUUAAAGUGGCUCUCGACACCUCGUUCGUCCCGAACACAGGGAAGAAGAGUGGGAAGCUGAAAUCCAGCUACAAGCGCGACUACAUCAACCUGGCCUGUGAUCUGGACUUUGAGGGUCCCAUUGUGCACUCGUCCGCCGUCCUGGGCUACGAGGGUUGGCUGGCUGGCUAUCAGAUGGCCUUUGACACGGCCAAGUCCAAGCUGGUGCAGAAUAACUUUGCUCUAGGCUUCAAGGCCCAGGACUUCCAGCUCCACACGAACGUGAACGAUGGAACAGAGUUCGGUGGCUCCAUUUACCAGAAGGUGAAUGAUCAGUUGGAAACUGCUGUGACCCUGGCUUGGACCGCAGGCAGCAACAACACACGAUUUGGUAUUGCUGCCAAGUAUCAGCUGGACAAGGACGCCUCCAUUUCAGCCAAAGUAAACAAUGCUAGUCUGAUUGGAGUUGGCUACACUCAGAGUCUGCGACCAGGAGUCAAGCUCACUCUUUCAGCACUAGUCGACGGCAAGAAUUUCAACGCGGGAGGUCACAAGGUUGGCAUGGGAUUCGAACUGGAGGCGUAGAGGUCCUUCUCUGAAAGAUACGAUAAAUAAAUGACAAAAAAAAAGAGCUGAGAGCCUUCAGCCUGUCUACCACCACCGUUAUCCUUUUAUAAUUUCAGCAUAUGUAGUGUCCUCUCACCUUGUACACCUCACCAAGCUAACACACACACACACACACACACACACACACACACACACACACACACACACACACACACCACACACCCUUUUUCACCCCACUGUUUUACUUGAGUUCUAGUUAACAGAACCAGAUCAAUGGUCAGCAGCAUUUCUCUAGAAUGGAAAAACACAGAUGAUCUAAACAAUGCAUGAGGGGAAAUGUAAGCCCACUGAGCAGCAAUCUUGCCCAUGUGUGACAUUUAGUGAUUCACGAAUGGGUUACAGCCAAGGAAAUGAACGUGGAAACUGUUUAUGGCUGUCUUCCUCCCCUUAGAUUGACUGAACAGUCAUGAUCUUGCAGACACACACCCACACACACACAGAUGUGACGAAGAUUUCGUGACAGUUUUCAGUGGCGUGUAGGUCAGCUCAGAACUUCUAAAUCUUCCCAAACCUCAACUGAUAAUAUAUGGUUACGUGUGAGUGAAAGAAUUUCAUGACCUAUUUCACAUACUAGUUCCUCUUUUUUUCUUUUGACAGCACUAGUUCCAAGGAAAAUGUAAAACCUCUGCGUUCUGAUGUUGAUGAAUGCUAUAGAACUCAGAUAGAUAGAUAGAUAGAUACUUUAUUCAUCCUAAGGGAAGUUUUUGUUAUGUAUCUUAGAUAGAAGGGAACUCUGAAGGCUGAUACAUGUAAUUCCAGAGUUGGGUGACUUAAGCAUUCCACUAGGGGGGUGACGGCUCAGGCCAAACCACCUUGAUCUAAUGCUUGAGAACAGUGCUCUGGCCAGUCAAAAGCGGCAGAGUUGUGGGGCUUUGCAUUGAAGCUCUGGUGGUCCGGCAAGGCCAUCAACUCAUUGACAGACAGGGUCACAGGGUCGCACACAGUUCUCUCCGAUAAACUCAGGAAAAGAGAAUGAAAUAAGUCAAUUUCAGCAUUUUUGUCCUGUCUGGUGAUCUGUUUUCGAGAUGUUGAGCAUCUAUUGACAUAGGAAGCUGCUACAUACUAAACCUUAAACUGACCCCUGCUGCAGUGCAUUUGUCCGAGUCCUCUGUUGUGUACACAUUGAUCAUGUGUACGGCAAUGCAUGUUUUCUGAUCACAAAUGGUUCUGAAUACUGUUUCUGUGUUGUACAUACCCAUCCUCUCUGUCGCUUACAUUUUGUGUGUCUAUAUUAUAAGCAUCUAUUAUUAUUAUUAUUAUUAUUAUUAUUAUUACAACUCCUAUCAUACUAUUCAUAUUGUUUUGGUUUUUGGAAAGUUUCUUUAUGUUUUUAGACACUGUACCUCAUUUUUCCAGCAAAAAUCAAGUUCUAAUAAAUAUUAAUAAAAGAAA